AUGUCUACACAAGCGAAACAAAUGAACACUAUGUACCUUAAACCAUCGGAGUUGCCAGAUGAUGAUCCAUGGGUUAAACUCAUGAAAAAAAACCCAGGGUUCAAAAAAGCAAUACAAAUAUCCCAUAUGGUAGGAGGAGUAUACAAGACAGAAGAUGAAGCAGAUAAAUACAUAGUAUAUUCAAAUUCUGAAAAUUGCAGAGAAGUUGAUAUGCUAUUCUUCAAUUGUAACUGCCCAAGCCAAAGAGUGACAUGCUCACAUAUUAUGGCAGCAGCAAUAGCAAAUAAUAAUGAAACAGAUUAUAUCGCCAAAGUAGCCAUUAUGGGAGAACUAGAUAUGAAAAUUGUGGAUAUUGUUAAUAGAAAUAGAGGCAACACAAGUAGAAUAUCGGUACCAAAAAUAGUCGCAAACAAUUUCUUCAAACUAGAAACGAACGAACGGACCAUCAAAAUACUACUAGAAAUGUUAACAGGAGUGAUUUAUCGAUUAAUGCAAUCUGAUUUUAAGGGACCAUAUAAAGACAUUUUUAAUGCAACAGUAUCUGAUAACGACAACAAAAUGGAGAACAUAGACUUAAAAGGUGCUAAUACACUACCUUGCCAACUUCUACGAGCUUCAGAUGAGGCAAAUCAAAAUCUUCAUCAAAGACUGAAAGAGAACGAUUUUAGUUUCAACAAACAACACGUAGACUAUUUCUCAUACGGAAAAGGGGAAUAUUACGAUACAGACGACCCAUACUUCCAUGAGGGCAAUUACGUAGGAUGUGAUGAAUUGCACUUUGCGGUAGCAAGGAUAUUCAGGAGGUUCGAAUAUCUUAUACAAAGCAUAGGAAGGAUUCUGAAACCGCCAGAAGGGUUGCCAUUACGUGAAGCCGUAAAAUUGUUGAAACCUAUUGCAACGCAAAUAUUAGAGGAAGAAUAUGGCAUAGACUGGUUACUACCAAACGAAAAUAAGGAUAUAGAAGAAACAUUGAAGUUCUUAAUGAAGUCAUAUAAUUAUGAAAAUGAAAACUCAUACAUUGUGGACGGAUACGCACUAGGCUUUGAUUACCUAACUGAACAAAAAAUUCCAGCAACCAUACAAUAUGAUGAACUGACAAAAUCAGGCACCAAAGAAAUAUUCGAAAAACAAAUUAUAGAACUACCAAUGAUGGCUGAUAUAUACAGGGAUACUAACUGGGCUGGAAAGUAUCAACAUUGCUGUGGCACACUCAAGCAUAUGCUGAAAACAUGUCAACUCAAUAUUGAUGAUAAGAUGAUGCUAAUCACAUUAAAUGAUCAUUCGGUCAUCAAAGUGCCUACCACAAAAAAAUUCGAAAAACCAGCGGAUAUUGUUAAAGAAAUGAGACGAGCCAUAGAUCAAGAUGAUCCGAGGUCGUUCACUGCUCACGGACUCACACUGCUGAUAUUUGUAAAACGCAUUGCACUACUACCAUCGAAAACUGAACUGACAAAUGCUAUAAAUACCAUGUUCCAUGCAGGGGAACGUGGACCAAAAUUCGUAGCCGAAUGUAUAAACUUACUGCCAGAUAUGCUAGUAGUACCCUUCUUUAAAGCAUACUUCGACUAUACACUGGCACUAACGAAGGAAUCGUUUGAAAAGAUUGCAUUCAUUAUGUCCCAAAAUAUUAAAAAGGGAUGCAUGACGCCACUGGUACGGGAUAGAAUGCUUCGCAUUGAGCUAUAUUUCCAAAUUACAGUUGAGGAGGAAUGGGAAGAAAGCUCAAAGAAACACCUGGAAACCGAUGCAACCGAGGACGCAGACGUUUGCAAGGGCAAACAAAUGGCUAUAAAACUGGAAGGUGGUGUAGGUUCAGCAAAACUAGACGAUGAAAGUGCGUCCCUAUUUAUUAAAAGGGAAGAUGAAAUUGAAGGGGUCAUAGCUCUCGCCAAUCCCUUCAUAGCUCCGAAACAAACCCUGUCGAACGAUUUUCACAGCCGAUUAAAUGUUAUUAAACUCAAACAAAACGCGAUGAAACUAAUAACAAGUCAAUCGUCGUUGUCCUGCACGACUGUGGAUAAUGCGUCAGAUAGAAAUGCGAGCGUUGACACGGCUACACAGGACUCAACACAAGCAGAAAAGGGUAUGUUAGACGAUGUUAAAGGUCUCGGCAGGGAACUGAACUUAUCGGAAAAGGAUAUACGCCACAGUUGUGCCAUAUGUACUCCUGGAAACAUAGCGCUGAAUGAGGACACAUUACUUUGCAAGAAAGAAGAAAGUCAAAUCACAAAAGUUGAUGCUGAUAGUGGAAUGCAGAAAGUAUCUGACAACACAUCUUUUAUAGAAGUAAAAUCGUACAGUCAUGCAGAAAACGUGAAACAAAACGAUUUGGCCCCUGUGGAAAACCGUUACGAAGUUGAUACUACACAAGGUGUAACUCAACCGUCACAUUCGUUCAUAGAUUGUCAGAAAAAAGUGGACAGUAUUACACUAGAAGAAACACAUGAUAAUGGUAAUACGCUCAGGGUUCAUUACGAUGGCACAGAGUGCUAUCACCAUAACAAGAAGCCACUGUCAUACAUGUUGGUGCUCAGUAACGAGUUCGUUGACCUUGUGGCCAGCGUGUCUGUACACGAAACUAUCGAUGCCUCAAAAUACGUCUCCCCCAUGAACAUGAGGAAGAAACUAAAAUGUCAUACUAACAACGGAAAAACUCUAGAUACGGAACGCAACAAGAUGGUAGGAUACUUGGGUGAAGAGUAUGUAUACGAACUGUUACAGGUACUACUCAGAGAGGAGUUGAAAGAAAAUAAACUGACGGUUUUCUGGGUCAAUAAACACAACGAAAGCGGACAGGCAUACGAUUUGUAUCUGCGGAACAUCAAAGGCGAAGAAGUUUUCAUAGAAGUGAAAAGCAGCUCCAGUAAUACUAAGAGCAAUUUCGAAGUUAGCUACAAAGAAUGGUGCUUCGCACAGCAGAAAGGGGCCAGAUAUGAAAUAUUCCGAGUAUCUGGUGUGGGACAUGAUACCGUACAAGUAUCACGACUCGUAAACCCAUACUCCAUGUGGAGAUCAGGGUACCUGGGAUUCUGCCUGUCCCUGUAA